UUGAAAGUGCAAAUUUACGCAUACCACGAAGUGGCAACGUUCCUAAUCGAUUAAUAUCUUGACGUAUGUCAGCGCUUUCACGAACAAUUAAAAUGUAACAAAAAUAUUAUUGUUCCAGGCCGUACUUAGUUCUGAUCUUAGUUUCCUUUUCUUAUUGUAAUAUUCAGUUAAGAGUAUGAAAGACACUUGAAUGUCUUCUUGAGUACCUGACCUAUCAGUUUGAUCAAUUGGUCGAAGUACUAAAAAAGACAAAAAAUUCAUGGGUAAAGAAAUACAAUGGCCACAACUGAUCAAUAAAUGUUCAGCAUCUGUUAAUAUCAGGGACAUAUUUAAAAAGUAUCAGAUCAUUGAAGUUCGCAUUGUUAAUUGCUCCUUAUUCUUGUGCACUUUUUAUUUCAUCAGCUCCCUACAGUACUUACUUGAGAAAUAUCUACGUCCCUGUCCUCUUUAAUUAUCGUCGUGCAAAUUUGAUUCUUUUUUGUGUCCUGACUCACUCAACAAACUAUGCAUUAGGUUUCUAAUAUACAAAAUUCUUUGACAGAACGCAAUAGGACUACGACACAUUGUUUUUACUCUCGAUAAACUGAAUGUUGGCUCGAAAUUGUUUAUGAUUAAUAUGUUUUAAGCUAGAGUGUCAGCAAGACUGCUUGAUUUUAGUGUCUUGCUUUCAUUUUUUAGUUCUUUUCGUUUUUCUUUUUACGUACGAUACCUCUUACCAGAUUGGCGAGCGAUAUCUUUAUUAAAGUAAAUUAGUUUAUUUCGUAAUUUUGUGAGUGAAGAGUUGUGUGUCGUCCUUCGCGUUUCAUAUCAGCUCCGUCGUGUUUCAUAUUCUGCUGAAACGUGCAUUUUUUACGGAGUCAGAUUGUCGCUGUGAAGAUAUCGUUUAAUUAAGGCAUACUUAAUGACGUGGUAAAUUAAACAAACUAAUAAAAGUUUACGUAAUUAUUCAGGAGGAGGUGUAUAAAUAAUGAACUUGAAAUAUGUUGUCGAGAUCAGGAUUCUGACACCGUCACUCGGUUUCAGCUUCCAAAAGUUAUUCAGAAUGAUGAUGGCCUUGACAACAUACAUAUUUCAAGUACAUUGAAAUCGAUGAAGUUCCUGGAUAAUUAUCGAAAAUUUACAUUCGAAACUAUAGAUAUUAUAAACACAAAUGGCGUUGCAAAAUAUUAUUAUACAAAGUGGACGUUACUAUAAAAUGUUUUCGAAUCCGGAAAUUCAUGGGAAAAGUGAUAAAACUAUUUGAUAUUUCGUUUAGGCAUGCGAAUUAAAUACAAAGAUAAAAAUGAAACUUUUACGGAAGACCAGCUCGUAAGCAAGGAACCCAUUGGACAGUUCAAAGCAUGGUUCGAUGAUGCUUGUAAUACACCACAAAUUUUUGAAGCUAAUGCGAUGAUGCUCGCUACAGCUACUAAACAUGGAAUCCCAUCUGUGCGUGCAGUAUUACUUAAAGGCUAUAGUACAGAAGGUUUCAAAUUUUAUACCAAUUAUGAAAGCAGGAAAGGCCGAGAGCUAGCUGAAAAUCCAAAUGCAGCGGCAACUUUCUACUGGGAACCACUAAGGCGAAGCGUGCGUAUAGAGGGCAAGGUGCAAAAAACUUCUCCGGAAGAUUCGGAUCGUUACUUUCAAAGCCGGCCGUAUUCUAAUCAAAUAGGAUCAAUAACUAGUAGACAGAGCAGCAUGAUUGCGAGUAGGCAGACACUCAUCGUAAAGGAGAGAGAAUUAAUAGCUCAAUGUCCGGAAGGCAAAGUUAAAAGACCCGACUGGUGGGGAGGAUACAUCAUCAUUCCACAUUCCAUAGAAUUUUGGCAAGGACAAAGCGAUCGCUUACAUGAUAGAAUUCGUUUUAGACGGCUUAAAUCGAACGAAAAGAUCGAUAAUGUACUCGUUCAUCAGGGAGUUAAUGGAUGGGUUUACGAAAGACUAUCUCCAUAAUCGUGACGAAACAUUUUAUGUUAAAAUAUAAAUAAUACAACAUUUGUUUAAUAGGUGGCUGAGAAAUUGCGAUUCUGGUUAAGGUUGUUGCUUUCUUGUAAUUUUUAGAAUUUCUCUUUGCACGCCUAAAAUUAUAUAUAUGUAUAUAUAAGAUUCAUGCUUGUUGAUAAAAUUGUAAUAUAUUGUACUUUUAUAGUGGAUGACGAAAGUAUUUGGACAUUUAUCAUAAGAUAUUUUUAUUAAUAUAACUAUCAUAUGUAUUGUACAGUAUUUUCCCAAAAUUUUACUGUUGUGUAUUAUAAUAAUAUGAAGGAAUUGAUAAACUUUGUAUUAUUUACAUAUAAGAAUGUGCAUAGAAGUUGUAAUAUUGCAAAUAUGUAGACGAUGCACAUAAAUAUGUAAUUAUUCUUACAAUACUGUAAUAAUGUCAAAUACAUAAUUAUACGAAUAUACUUACGAUAUACUAUACUGACAAUAAACCAUGUGUCAUUUGUACGCGUGAUUAGAUUCUCUCUUUUAUACUAAAUGUUCAAAAACUUUCAUAAAUUACUGUACAUAUUUAUGCAUAUACAUAAUGUGCAAGUAAAGUAAUUAGUUACCCUCUUUACUUCUCCAUGCUAUUUCGAUAUUAAAGAUAUCAUCUUCCUCUAUGAGAUUCUGAAAUUGCCUCAUUCCUCCUCCAACACCGAAAUAAUAAGUUUUAGCGGCAAUAAAUCUAAGAACAUUA